AUGGCACCUGUAUCGAUAUUCAAAAAACCAGGCGCACAGAAAUUCCAGUUGGUGCACCGUUCCCAGAGAGAUGAAGGGCGAGAUCCGAGUAGAGACGAGGGUGUGCUCAAGCGCGUGGAGAAAGGUAGUGAGCAGGCGAGCAAUAGCAAUAACGGCAACAAGAACAACAAAGGAAAGGCAGGCGAUGCAGCCAAUUUCGGCAUUUACUACGACGAUACACAGUACGACUACACGCAACACCUGCGUACUAUAGGCGGACAGGAUGCUUACGGAGAUGAGUUGGAUAGCGUGUUGAUAGCUGCACCUGCAAAAGAUGCAAAGAGUGCCAAGAAGGGCUUCAUGUUGAAACAACAGCAGGAAGAAGAACAUCAGCAGGCUAUGCUUAAGGCAUAUGAAAGCCAGACUGCUAUUCCACUCGAGUUGCAAGGUUUUAAUCCUGAUAUGGAUCCUGCUCUUAGACAAACCCUUGAAGCAUUAGAAGAUGAUGCUUACUUGGAAGAUGAUCCAGGGGCAGAUGAGUUGGAUGAGUUGGAUGAUUUGAAUGUUGCACAAGAAUCAAGGAAUACUCAAGAUGCUGACACAAUCAACUCGCAAUGGCUAGAUGGCCUCGUCAGUGGUGGUGUCAGAGGAUCAGACGAGAUUGUCGACUUCGGUCCUGAUGAGGAGGAAGACCCAGCUAUUACAGCGCGCAAAGAGCGCGAGAGAGCGGAGUACGAGCGCGCGAAAGCAGCUGGCGAAGACCUCACCCCAUUCCACACCUCAGACUGGAUGGAGAGGUUCAAACAGUUCAAAUUAGCGAGCAAACAGGAGCCUCAAGACGGAGCUGCUUCGGAUGACGAUGAAUUACCUAGUGAAGUGGACACCAAUGAACCGUCACAGAUGAGUGACAUGAGCGACUAUAGAUCUGAAGGUGCUGAUACAGUAGGUAGUUUAAGAAGUGGCAUUGGUGCAGCGAGGACUAGGAGAAAGUUACGUAAAGCUGGUUCAGACGCAAGUGGAUACUCCAUGUCAAGUAGCUCCAUGUUCCGCAAUGACGGCUUGCAGUCACUUGAUGCGCAGUUUGAUAGGAUAGAAGAGGAGUAUAAUAGUGAGGAUGAUGACAAUCCUGACGAUGAUGAUGAUGAUGAUGAAGACUUUGACCCCACCAGCGAACUCAAUGUAACAUCUCGUGAGGAUUUCGACACCAUCCUCGACGAUUUCCUCGAUAAUUACGAGGUAAUUGGAGGAAAAGUAAAGCAAAAGUUGGAGGGUGAGACACCACUUGAAAAACUCAACACUAUGCGAUUGGCCAUGGCAGAUUUGGCACCUCGGGGAGAGCAAUUGAAAAGGCACAGUGAUGCAGCUUCGAAACGUGUCACAUCGGCGCACAGGAUAGCAGAAGGGGAGGAGGAGGAAGAUGACAGCGCACUCCCACUGCCAUUCGACGUCGAUGCCAAAGAAGAUAGGAUGGAUGCAGAGACUAUUCUCUCUACAUACACCAACACUGAAAACCACCCUAAGCAAAUCCGCUCACAGGAUUUAUUGGGUAGGAGGAGGCAGAAGAAGGUGGAGCACAAGACACCUGAGAAACACGUCGCAUUCGCUGAGAAGGAAGACGUUGCGCCGGUGAAAAAAGUGCAGAUAGUGGUUGAUCCUCAGACAGGGUUCCCAAUGGAGGUUGUUGAAGGUGAGCAGGGUGAUCAUGGCCAGAGUGAUAGUGAAGGCGAGAGUUAUCACAGCGACACCCUCGCUACCCCAAAGAAGACUACAAUUGCCCGCGAUAGAAAUGAGACAAAAGAAGAGAAGAAAGCACGGAAACAAGCAGCAAAAAGUGGUAAACAGAGUAGGCGGGUGGAGAAGAAGGAGACCAAGGAAGCGUUUGCGGGUGAGCGUAAGAGUCAGCAGAGUAAAAGUGCAAAUGAGAAGAAGCGAGUGGAUGUAGAAGCUAGUAUGAGGUUGUAG